GGAGCGACCCAACCGACUUUACCAAGUUUAACCGUGCGAUUUCAUUGGUUGAAUUCUGUUGUUGACAACCGUCGCUAUUUCAAGCUAAUGUUCUUAAUUUUGGAUCAAUUUUAAUGAAAUUAUGAUGCAUACUGGAAAUGAAUAUAAUAAAAUGGAAAUAACUAUGCAAAUUAAGUUUAUUUUUUGAAGUAGGAAACUCGGUAUGAAACAGAAAAGUCAAAUCUAUAACUCUGCUUGAUGAGAGCGCUAUCCAAUGAGAUUGCAGCUUUCAUUUGGCUCUGAAAGUACCGGACCCGGGCGCAAACAAGCUGUGACGCCGAAGGAAAAGGAUUUGAAAUCAGACAAAUAUUGUAGCCUUCCUCCGUAAUUACCAGACAACAUUACCCUACACCCGGUCUCGUCUUCGCAUAGCAUGGAGGCUGAUGGCCGAGAGUUGGUGUGGCCGCCACACGCCGAUAACAACCAGCAGCAGCAUGUGCAACUUCAGCAACAUCAUCCUGUCAUGAGCCCCAUGCAACACGAUGGUGUAUCCAGCUCAGACAAUGCAUUAGAAAUACAUCAUCCAUCUGGAGAAGGUGUGAGCGGGAUGGGCUCCAGGCAUGCUCCUGCAGGAGACAAUGAACCAGAAUCCACAGUCCAGGGGCUCGGUGAAGCGAUAUGUAACGAAGCAGCCGCUGCUACUAGAAGAGAACAACAGGACCCAUCAGACAAUGAGGCUAUCCCAAUAGCCAUCACCAUCCUACCAGACUCCAGCUUAUCAACAAACUCCUCCCAUAUCAUCACCAUGGAUACUGCAUCAACAGCUGACCAAUCACAGAGCACAGAACCCAGUCAGCUGAUAGAUCUUCCCACCGCUCAGAUCAGUGUUACGCUCAACCCAGCGUCUGUAGCACAGAUCAUGCAGAAUGGGCAAGUGAAUUCUGGGCUUGUGAACAUGAUUGAAAAUGUGAGACCAGAAGACAUUGCCGGCCCGUCUGGGUUAAACCUUGUCCCAAACGUACCCAGGAACAGACCUGAGCGGAAGGCAUCUAAAGCAGUCCAUCAACUUCUUGAUACUGAAGAAGAUGAAGAACAACCAGGAGCACUUGAAGAUAGAGACCCCGUUGAUGAGGAAGAGUUCUUACGCCAAGGAGCCAUUCAGACCAUAGCAGAUAAACCCAUCAUCUCAAGGGCUAGGGCUAGUCUACCUCCUAUGCUGCAAAUCUUCAAGGUUGAAAAUGAUCAGAUUGGUGUGUUUGCCAAGAGAACCAUUUCAAAGAGAACUCAGUUUGGACCCCUAGAAGGAAGAAUAGUCACCAGAGCUGAGGUUCCUAAGGAUCACAUGACAUGGAAGGUGAAGCGAAAUGGACAGGACAUGUAUAUAGACUGCGCCGACGAGUACGAAUCUAAUUGGAUGAGUUUCAUCCGGCCGGCGUCUUGCUACUCCGAGCAGAACCUGAUAGCUUUCCAGCUGAGCGGGUCAGAGAUCUACUUUGCCACCAUCAAGAACAUUGCACCUCGGACUGAGCUAAGGGUCUGGUAUGCCAAGGCCUAUGCUGAGACCAUCGGGGAAAACAUCCUGGAAAUCACGGCAGAGGAAGCUGCAGAAAUGCAAGAAAAGGAGAACACAUGGCCCUGCUUUGAGUGCACACGCAAAUUCAGAACCUCAGAACUCCUCCAGAAACACCUGUCCACCCACGAUGCACCGCUCGUCAAGAGUCGAGGAAGAGGCAAGCGAGGAAGGCCAAGGAAGUAUCCCGAAGGCUACAAGCAACGGCAGCGCAAACUUGCGCAGGCAAAGCUGGAACACAUAAAGACCGAGACCAAGGAUGAGUACAACUGUGAUUUCUGCGAGAAGAAGUUUCCAAGAUUUUACAGUCUACAGCGCCACCUGGUGAAGCAUUCCGGUGAAAAGAACUUCACGUGUGAUGUGUGCAAUAAGACGUUCGCCCACAUUUACAACCGAACGCGUCACAUGCGCCGACAUAAAGAGAGAGGCGAGUUCUCGGGGCCACUGCCGCCAGUGAGGCGACGGAAGUCGGACCAACCUAGCGAUGGGACCCUUACAUUUUCUUGUGAACACUGCGACUUGGAGUUUGAGAGUGAACGACUGUUGAAGAUCCAUGUCAGCCUUCACUUUGGUGAGAAUCCUGAAGGAAUGAGAGAUGAUGGUGAGGAGGAUAUGGAGGAUGAGAUGGAAGACGGAGAAGUGGAAGAAGAAGAGGAUGAGGAGGACGAAGAAGAUGAAGAUGAAGAAGACGAAAUGGAUAUGAAGAUAAAGGAUAUCAAAGAAGAAAAUGGAGCUGAUGGAUUCGUUGGUGGUGGAGAAGGUGUUGAUGCCAGCCAGGAGGGUCAGAGGCUAGUUGAUGGCGAAGGAGAGGCAUCAACCGUUGCCGCAGGACAGGCUGCAGAGAACGAUGAAGAAGAACAGAGCAGCGUAGACACUAAAGGUGGUUUUGUCUGCCCCACUUGCACAGAGGUUUUUCCAUCUCAGAAGGAAUUAGCGCUACAUGCCACUGAUCAUGGCCGCCGACAGGGUUCCACUGGGGAGUUUGUAUUACGUUCCAAGACUCGUCCAACAUACAGAUGUCGAGAGUGCUUCAAGGUGUUCCGUAUCAAGCUACGUUAUGACCGACACAUGGACCUCCAUUUAAGGGAGCGGAAAAAAACUGUUCAGUGUGAUUUCUGUAACAAGUGUUUCUUGAACAAUUCAGCAUUGGCGGUCCAUUUGAAAACCCACAGUGGGACCAAGUACUACACAUGUCCUUUUUGCGAUGAAACAUUUGAUCGUAAUGAGCACCUGAAGCUUCAUGUCCAAACCCAUGCCUUUAAUGGAUACUUUACAUGUCCUCGCUGUGGCAAGCGCUUCACUGAAUACAACCAGGUGAGGAAACAUAUAAGGGGUUUCCAUUCAUUGAAGGAGUUCCCUUGCAUGUAUUGUGACAAGGUAUUCCCUCGUCCAGACAAGCUAAAGCUUCACAUGCUUCGUCACUCGGAUCGGAAGGAUUUCCUCUGUGCCAACUGUGGCAAGCAGUUCAAGCGAAAAGACAAACUGAAAGAGCAUAUGUCCAGAAUGCACAAUCCUGAACGGGAACUACGGAAUAAGUUGCUAGCUGGGAAACCCAAAAAGGAACCCUUCAAGCCAAAGAUUCCUCCAUCUGAAAUGACAGCUUUUACUUUCAAGUGUCGUCUGUGCACCUUGGGGUUCAAGCGUAGAGGGAUGCUUGUUAAUCAUCUAGCUAAGCGCCAUCCACAGGUUGCACCGGACACUGUUCCAGAACUUAACCUACCGAUUGUCAAACCGAACCGUAACUACUUCUGUGCAUACUGUGAGAAAGUCUACAAGAGCAGUAGCAAGAGGAAGAUACAUAUUAUGAAAAACCACCCUGGGGCUUCUGUUCCACCCAGUCUUCGCAAAACCAAGGGUGACCCCAACAGCCCAUUCGGUGACCCACACACAGCACCUGCAGGAACGACAACAACGCAUUACUUUGCGUGUGCCCAUUGUCCGCGGCAGUAUAGUACCAAGGCUAAGAUGAUGGACCAUGUCCGCAAGAAGCAUAUGGAACCUGUCCAGGCAGCAGCCAUGAUGAAUAAUCCUCAACAGUUGACUGUAGUCCAGGAGCAGACUGCAGUCCAAAAUGAAGGCCAACAGCCUGGGUCCAUCACGUUGGUGGCACAAGUACCAGAGAACAUUCAGCAAGCUGUCCAGGAGGUCAUCUCUCAAAAUCAGGCACAGCUUACAGCGAAUGACAUCCAGAAUAUCCAAAUAGCGACCGUCAACCCCGAUGGAAGCACAACCCUACAACCUAUCUUGCAACACCUCGGUGGGCAGGUCCUUGGAGGCCAGCCAACAUUACAAGUGGUUGUUGCUCAAAAUCAGAAUGACAACGCGUCAACCAGUGCUGAACGUACCUCUGACACCCAACCUACUAUCCGGUAUAUUGAAACAAGUCAGGUGCCUGUUGUGCAGACGGAGUCUGUCCAAGCCACCGACCUGCUAACCCAGGCCAUGUCAGAACUUUCACAGACCAUCAAUGAAUUCCGUCAGCAGCCCAAUGCAGAUUACCAAAACCUGGCCCAGAGGAUCAUGCAUGCACAGACCGGACUCCUAGGCCAAUCAACAUUCCAGAUAUCCGGUCAGCCACAAACUAUCACUGUUCCGGUUUCCCUUCAAGCAAACCAAGCAACCGUUGUCCAGAACCAAUUGCCUCAAUUGACCGUCACCCAGGCUGCAAUGGCUGUUAGCCAAGCUGCACUGGGCAUCAGCCAGCCAGUCGGUCAAGUCGCCACAACCGUUUCGGCCAGCCAGCCUAAUGCAGUCGAGGUGACGCAAGUCGAAGCGGGCCCUCCGACGAUCGAUGUCAGCCACCUUCGGCAGUCUCCAACGCAGUUCCAAGCACCCACGCAGCUUCUCCAGCUCCAGUCUGUUCCCCAGAACAGUGUUCCUGUUGCAUCAUCUAUCAUCCAGACUGAAUCGCAAGGGAACCCACACCAAGGAGUCCAGGUCCAACCAGGACAGGUCGAGAUCCAGGUCCAGAACCAACAAGGACAGACCCAACAGGUCUUCCUUGCUGCCCGCAACUGGGCCAACUUCAACCAGACCUUCAGAUAAUAUGGAUUGUGUCAAACUUACACCCAAAUUACAAACUGAAAAUAUUACACGUAUGUGUAUUGCUCAGUAAACAAAUCAAGUUUAAAAAAAAAAACAUGAUAUCAAAAUGAAAUGCAAGCUCAAUGCGCAAUUAUUUCCUAGUCAAUUUGAGCAAUUAAUCCCUAGUCAAUUUGAUGGCAUGCUUUUCAUAGCCUAUAUUGUUGUUACAUGUUUUCUACAAAGUUCCCAAACUCUGAAUCUGCUUUGUAUGAAAAUGGGCCGAGGGACAUUAAAUGAUGUGCAGAAAAAUUCCUUUCUUGUCUGUGUUAGCUACCCCAGGAAAUGCAUGCAGUAAUGAAAUGAAUAUUUCAAGCAAUCCUGAAUUAGUUUAAUUAACCUUUGUUGUUCUAAAUAAGCAUUCUGGCGUAUGAUAAACAAUUGAGGACAGCUUCUCAAUCAUUUCCUAUUGAAAAUGGAUUUCUAUACCAGAACUCGCUUUAUGAGAUUAUUGUAAUGAAAUUUAGUGCAAACAUCAUUGAGGGACGGCUCUGUUGGCCAGUAAAAUUAGCAAUUAUCAAAGCAGUGUAUGUUGGUAGCUUGCGUCUUGCCAUCCAUUACAAAUUCACUGAGGAACUGACCAUUCCUUUUGCAGAGAACUUUCAAUUAAUAUUAACCUUUAUUGUAACAUUAAACAAUCAAAGAAACUUUGUUGUGAUAGACUAUUGAACAAUAUUUCCAUAUUUUCUAGUUGCCACUGCUAGCGAAGAGUUUUAUGCUGCAUACGUAAUGGGCUGUUUCAUAGAGCUGGGCCCCGUCUUACAAAGAGUUACGAUUGAUCCAAUCAACCACAACUAUGGAAAGCCAGCAACAUUAACAUCCAAAAUGCAUGUUUUGUGCAAAAUAUUUUCUAGAUAUGAUGUAUAUUCAUACACUCACUGUUUUUUGACGAUUUAGUAUGUUCUCUUUGUUUUAAAGACGUUGUGCAAAUUUCCUAAAGAAAACAUUAUGACAUCGAUGGAUUUUCAUAUACUUGAGGUUGAUCGGAUCAAUCGUUCUCCAAUUAUUAACAUUGACACCUUACGAUAAACUGACAAAAUCAUGAAAAGUAGUCUCGUCAGUUUCCUGCUUUUGAUUCGAGAAUUAGAUAGUAAUAGAUGUAUGAAAAUUUAAUCAUUUCAAAUGACAAACGUAACAAAAUAAUUAAUCAACUUGUCUAUUUACAUGCCAUUUUCUAAUUAUAGAAAAAUGUCUUUAAAAUGUUUGAUUUGAUAAUGAAAGUUCAUCUGUAUUGGAUGAAAAUAACUAUUGAUUGAUUAAAAACUGAGGUAACUCUUCAAGAUUUAUUUUCUUGUGGUUAGAGAGAAAGUUUAGUCAAUAGAUAUAUUUAUCUUCUAUUUAUUUGCUGCUUAUUUUUUUUCUUAAGACUGAUAGCUAGAUUUCUUUUCUUCAGUUGCUGUUUUUGUUUUAUUUUUAGUGCAGUUGAUUUUCCAUUUUAUUUUAUUUUUUUUUCUGUUUUAGGUAAAAUCCAGCUAGAAUAUGUUCAUGUAUAUAUUGUUAGUAUGUUGUAUUCUGUUUUAUACAUUGUAUAUAAAGAGGGGGAAUCCUUAUUUAUUCAUUUAGGUUGUAAAUAUUUGAGAAAGCACAAUGCUUGUCUUUGUUGUGAACACUUUACUGCUUGAAAAGUAAAUUAAUGACAUACUGUAGUUUCUAUGAAAUCUCUUUACUUUUUCUGUUAUUUUCAUGAAUACAAUUACUAAUCUUUAGCAAUUGGCAACAUUUUGAGCAUAAUAUUGAAUUAUCCAUUUACAAUAAAUAUUGAUGUAUUAAACCUCA